CACACUCGCGCAACCCAAUUCAUCGUCAUUUUUCUCCGUUUUUGUUUCGCCGUAUUCCAUAAUCGUCUCUUCUCACCGUCACCGUAUUCUUCUUCCAUAGCCAGGAUCUUGUUUAGAUUCUGCAAUGGCUUUCAGGAGAGCCUUAUCUAUAAGGUCCACACUUAUCGGUCGACGGAAGCAGCUAGCCUAUCAUAUUAUCCCUCGUGAGAAUGAUCAUGAAGAGGAUUCAUUCACAUCUCAAAGAAGUUACCAUAGCUUACUUCACCAAAGAUCCUCUAUCAACUCAGAUUUCUCCCAAAUUUCGGGAGGAGGCUUACAUGUGCCUCUGGGGGCUCCUACGUCUGCUUUUGCUUUCUACCGUUAUAUGUCAAGUGCACAUGGUGUCGGUUCAGAUAAGAUUGGUGUGAUGUCUGACAUCGCAGAAGUCAUAACCGACUCGACAUUGCAAGAUGCCCCAGCUCAGGUUGCUGCUGCUGUCAGUGAAGUUUCACUUGCUGCUAGUGAAUCUUUCUUGCCUAUCGCCGCCCUUCAGCAUUGCAUUGAUAUGGUGCAUUCAUUCACAGGUUUUGAGUGGUGGGCAUCCAUUGUUGUAGCAACAAUUUUGAUCCGAUCGUCAACAGUUCCUCUCUUGAUUAAACAAAUGAAAGACACUACAAAGUUAUCGCUGAUGAGGCCGCGAUUAGAGUCCAUCCGGGAGGAAAUGCAAAAUAAGGGAAUGGACCCCGUUACGAUGGCAGAAGGUCAAAAAAAGAUGAAGAAUUUGUUCAAAGAAUAUGGUGUCACUCCAUUCACCCCAAUGAAAGGGAUGUUUAUUCAGGGACCUCUGUUCAUCUGCUUUUUCCUUGCUAUUCGAAAUAUGGCAGAGAAAGUACCUUCAUUCCAAACCGGAGGUGCAUUAUGGUUUACCGAUCUUACAACCCCUGACAGCUUAUACAUCUUACCGGUUAUAACAGCAUUGACAUUCUUAAUAACCGUUGAGUGUAAUGCACAAGAAGGCAUGGAAGGGAAUCCAAUGGCAGGCACUGUAAAAAACGUUUGUCGGGGUUUUGCUCUACUCACAGUCCCAAUGACAAUGAGUUUUCCUCAGGCCAUAUUUUGUUACUGGAUCACAUCCAAUUUAUUCUCUCUCAUGUAUGGACUUGUGAUUAAGCGUCCUCGAGUGAAGAAGAUGUUAAAAAUACCUGAUCUGCCUCCACCUCCUCCAGGUCAACAACCUUCCUUUGACCUGUUCUCAGCUCUCAAGAAAUUGAAAACCAUGACACAGGACCAUACACAGAACCAGACACAACCACCUUCCACAGUAAACCCGAGGAUCUCUUCAGCAUCGUUGAGUCCUGUUAGUAAGAGGCUCAAGGCUUUGGAGAGUCAAGUUAAGGGCAGGAAGAAGAACAGCAGCAAGAAGAAAUGAUUUUUUAUUUUGUGAUACUUUUUGUUGGUAGAGGAAAAAAUAAUAAAAGCUUUUUGAGUCGAAAGUGUGAACCAAUAAUACUACACAGAUAUUUUUUUUUCUCAUUGAUGAAACUAUCCCGAGAGCCAGAUAUAGAGCUGUAGGCAGCUUGAAAUUAUAUAUAUGUUUUCUUGAUUAUUUAAUUAAACGAUAUUGUAAGUUUUUUUUUAUCAAUUGGAAAGUAAGAUUGCUUUA